ACACGCAGCUCCAGCGGACCUUCAUAUUUUGCAUCCUCCUCCUCCUCUUUAUAGCUCUGCUCUUCUCUCCUCCUCUUUCCUCUCUUUAGUUCUCGCUUCUCUGCGCCAUCCGCAAACCAUUUUUACCCCCCUCAACAGAAGCGUGAAACUCCAAGACCCGUCACCAUGGAGGCCAUCAAGAAGAAGAUGCAGAUGCUGAAGUUGGACAAGGAAAAUGCCCUGGACCGGGCAGAGCAGGCUGAAACGGACCAGAAGGCAGCAGAAGAAAAAUGCAAACUGCUGGAAGAUGACCUGCAGGCUCUGCAGAAGAAGCUGAAGGGAACAGAAGAUGAGCUGGACAAAUAUUCAGAGGCCCUGAAGGAAGCUCAGGAGAAACUGGAGCUGUCGGAGAAGACUGCUGCAGACGCGGAAGGCGAUGUGGCGUCCUUGAACCGCAGGAUCCAACUGGUGGAGGAGGAGCUGGACCGGGCCCAGGAGAGGUUGGCUACAGCCCUGCAGAAGCUAGAGGAGGCCGAGAAGGCAGCCGAUGAGAGUGAAAGAGGAAUGAAGGUCGUGGAAAACAGGGCCAUGAAAGACGAAGAGAAGAUGGAGAUCCAGGAACUGCAACUUAAGGAAGCCAAACACAUCGCAGAGGAAGCUGACCGCAAAUACGAGGAGGUGGCCCGUAAGAUGGUGAUCCUUGAAAGUGACCUGGAGAGAGCAGAGGAGAGGGCAGAGGUUGCAGAAGUGAAGUGUAGCGAUCUGGAAGAAGAGCUGAAGAACGUCACCAACAACCUGAAAUCUCUCGAGGCCCAGUCUGACAAGUACUCUGAGAAAGAAGAUAAAUAUGAGGAGGAGAUCAAGGUCCUAAGCGAUAGACUUAAAGAGGCGGAAACUCGUGCGGAAUUUGCAGAAAGGACAGUGGCCAAGCUGGAAAAGUCCAUAGAUGACUUGGAAGAUAAUCUAACGCAUGCAAAAGAAGAAAACAUAGGAAUGCAUCAAGUCCUGGACCAAACACUGCAGGAGCUCAAUAGCUUGUAAAAACAGCAAGAAGAAGCAGGUCCCAUGAAGUUUCAUAAAAGAGAAAACAUUCCCUCCGAUGCAUUGCUUUAAGCCCAACAAUAACCACAUCAAAAACAUUUCGUCCUUUUUUUUUUUAUAUUUAUGCCUAUUUUUUUCCUGCCCUUCUCCCUUUUUUAUAAUGGUUUUGGGUCCAUAUAAUAUGAAAUUUUGGUGCUGGAAGAUUUUGUUGAAUAAAACCUGGCAAGGAUGACAAUCA